CUAUAUAAAGUCCUCGCACCUUUUCUACCUAAAUGGCUCCUACUAUCUAAUUCAACCAUUUCUUAGCAUCAGUUUAGUAUAUUGCUGCCUACAUCCCUUCCCCAAUCACCCCCUCCUCCCCCCAGGAACAAGAAAAAAAAGGAAAAAAACUUCCAUUUCCAACAUUUAUCAUUUGGGCUGUUGAUCAGAUCCACCCAUCGCCACUGACUUGACUCUUUCCUUCAUCAACUAUGGCUGAGAAGGUGACUACAAUGACACUCAAGGUUGAUCUUCAAUGCCCCUGCUGCUACAAGAAGGUCAAGAAAAUCCUCUGCAAAUUUCCUCAAAUCAGAGACCAGAUAUAUGAUGAGAAGAAAAAUCUGGUGACCAUCACCGUGGUGUGCUGUAGCCCCGAGAAAAUCCGCGACAAAUUAUAUUGCAAGGGUGGCAAAGUCAUUAAGUGCAUUGAGAUCGUGGAGCCCGGGAAGUCCCAAGAGCCUAAAGGCCCUAAACCAGACGAGAAGUCCAAGAAGAAGAAAUCAGAGCCACCACCGUCGCCACCACCGCCACCACCGUGCUCGCACCCGCCAAUUGCAGUGGCGUUCUGCUGUGUCCUAUGUUCGGAAGGGUACGGAGGGGGACGAUGCUGCUGCAGGAACUGGCGGCCUGUGCCCCCGCACGCUUGCGGGUGCGGGUGCGGGGGCGGGUAUAGUCAUUGUGAUUAUUUCAGUGAGCAGAUCACUGGCGACUGUACGAUUAUGUGAGAGGAGAGGAGAGGAGAGGAGAAUUUGAUAUGGGGUAUGAUAUGCUAUGAAAAGCGUCCAAAUUAAUCAAUUAAUUUUGUUUGGUGGGCGAAACAUGCAAAUGCAUUGAAGCAAAAUUAGUUCUAGUAUUGUGUAGUUAGGGCCUUAGGCCCUCAUGGGACCUAUAAUAUAAAAGGAAGAAGAAAAUAAAAAGUUAAUGUGUAUGCGAUUAUGGAGUAUAUAUAUAUA